GUUGUGAAAUGCAGCACCAAUGAGGAGCUAGAGGAGCUCAAAUGCACAUUGGGAGACUGGAUAGCGGACUGUGGUGUGCCAAACAUUUACACAGCCUCUGUGAUGGACCUGCCUACAAUUCACGGGCAAAUAGUUACCCAUUACUAGUACAACAGGGUGGCCAGUAUGGUCCAACAGUUCAUUUCUGGGAUGAAUUCAUGUGGCCAGAUGUGGGAGAUGGUGGUGAUGAACUGGAGAGAAUUCCUCCCACUGUUCACAAACACAACACAGAAACUCUCCAGGAACGACAUCAGGAACCUCUUCACUAUAUCAUGGAGUCCGCAGGGCAGCAACCACAGAGAACAGGAGGAGGAGACGGUCUUCCAGUGGGAGUGCUGGCUGAUGUCCAUUCAAGAAGAGGAGAUGGAUAUUUCUUUCGAGGAGUUGAUGGUAUUUGUCACAGGGGCAGACUCUGUCCCCCCUCUUGGGUUCCCGAAGCAAUGUGAGGUCGACUUCUAUAAUCAGGAGGAUGGGAGCUGCCGCAUUCCAUAUUCAUCAACCUGUAGCCUUUGCCUAUUCCUCCCGAGAGGAGUUACAGAAGAAGACAACUUCAGAAGGCUUAUGUUCCUUGCCCUGACAGGGUCCCUUGGUUUUGGGAAGGUGUGA